CAGCUUGCGAGAGAGAGCGAACAAGACUACGGAGGCCGACCUGACGAGUGGUAGUACGAGGGAGGUGGUACGCGCUAUCGAACUAAUAGCCAGUGAGAUACAUAAUACCUGCAUACUGAGCGCUCCGUGGAGAUGGGUGACAAGGCGGGGACCAGAGUCUUCAAGAAGUCUAGCCCCAACUGCAAGCUAACGGUCUACCUGGGCAAGAGAGACUUUGUCGACCAUCUGGACCAUGUGGACCCAGUUGAUGGCGUGCUGCUGAUCGAUCCGGAAUACCUGAAAGACAGAAAAGUGUUCGUGACGCUGACCUGUGCGUUCCGGUACGGCCGCGAGGACCUGGACGUGCUGGGCCUGUCCUUCAGGAAGGACCUGUACAUCUCCACCUUCCAGGCCUACCCACCUCUGCCCGAGGAGCGGAAGCCCUACAGCCGUCUUCAGGAGAGGUUGCUGAAGAAGCUUGGCCAGCACGCCUAUCCCUUCUACUUCACUAUUCCCCAGAACUUGCCCUGCUCCGUCACUCUGCAGCCUGGACCUGAGGACACAGGCAAGGCCUGUGGUGUGGACUUUGAAGUCAGAGCCUUCUGUGCCAAAUCAGUGGAGGAGAAGAUCCACAAAAGGAACUCUGUGAGGCUGGUUAUCAGGAAGGUGCAGUAUGCCCCGGAGAUACCCGGCCCUCAGCCCACGGCAGAGACCACGCGCAGCUUCCUCAUGUCUGACCGCUCCCUGCACCUUGAGGCCUCUCUGGACAAGGAGCUCUACUACCAUGGGGAGCCAAUCAGCGUGAACGUCCACGUCACUAACAACUCCACCAAAACUGUCAAACGAGUCAAAAUCUCCGUGCGGCAGUACGCUGACAUCUGCCUGUUCAGCACUGCGCAGUACAAGUGCCCUGUGGCGCAGGUUGAGGCAGAUGACCAGGUGUCCCCCAGUUCCACCUUCUGCAAAGUGUACACCCUCACCCCCACGCUGAGCAACAACCGUGAGAAGAGGGGUCUGGCUCUGGAUGGCAAGUUGAAACACGAGGACACCAAUCUGGCCUCAAGCACCAUUGUGAAAGAUGUGUCCAACAAGGAGGUUCUGGGGAUCCUGGUAUCUUACCGGGUCAAAGUCAAGCUGGUCGUGUCCCGUGGAGGCGACGUGUCUGUGGAGCUGCCCUUCGUCUUGAUGCACCCCAAACCUACAGACCAGCCCAGCUCCAGACCUCAGUCAGCUGUGCCAGAGCAGGAUGCCCCAGUGGACACCAACCUGAUAGAGUUUGAGACAAACAACUUCUCUCAGGACGAUGACUUUGUGUUUGAGGACUUCGCCCGCCUCCGGCUGAAAGGAAUGAAGGACGACAAGGACGAGGACGACCACUUCUGCUGAGGGUCCCUCCCCCUGCAGGGCAGUGGGCCAGUGGGGGGGUGGGGGUGGGGGUGUAUAGACAUAGGCAAGACCAGUGGGCCAAUGAGAUAGAGUGGGUGUGGUCUAUUUUUUAAAGCUCCUUCUCCUCUCUCUAACCCUUCUUGCUUCUGUGACAACUUUUGCUGAUCGGUUGGCCUUUGCACCAGUGACCGUGUCAGAGAGAUGGAGAGGAACAAUGUGGGUCCUGUGACCAUUAUUGGCAAGUGAAAACACUGGGGCCAUUGGGUCAGAUGAAAUCAUGUUCUUUUCAUUUUGUUUUUCUAUGUCCUGCUUCAUAUUAAGUGGGAAAUUUAUACCUAUGUCAUUACAUGAUAAGCAUGAUGUUACUCCAGUGUAAGAACAUGGGUUGGUUUAUUUAUUUUUUUACAUAGUCACUAAUGUGGAAUACAAGUUUUCAGUUUAUGUUAUUGCACAUUAUCUCAUUAACCUUAACAUAAACUUAACUCCAAGACCACAUUUUGAUGUAAUCACUGUUUUCGCAUUGCAGGUGCGCAGUCUGGCAAAUGUGUGCUGCUGUAUACCUGCUGUACUUACUUACCGCUCACUUAAUGUAUAGAGUUGCUUUUUUUUUUUUUUUUAAUAGCUCAACAUAAUCAAAGCAAGAGACGUGUAUGUGAGACCGCAAAACGACAAAUUGUCCUCGUAUUUUUAUACCAACCACUUUUACCCUGUAACUUUACAGGACGUCUGUGUACUUGCGUGGCGCGUGGGUUGAGGCAGGCGCCAACAUGCCAGAUCCCGCGCGGACUUCAAAACACAAGCGCAACGGGCACAUGCACGCACGCAGUUGGGCUUCAAGGUUUCUGUGCUUUUCCCGAAUGACCGUGGCGCCGUGAAUGUCAACGCUGUGUCGUUUUCCUUUUCUUACCCUGAUUUGGAUGCGGUGGGACGUUGCCAAAAUGAAGCAGCUCCAAGAAAGGCUGAUGUUUUAAUACAAGUUCUGCUUUGACGUUUCAAUCGGCCCUCGGUGAUAUGCUAACGGCUCCGAUGAAAAGACCACCUGUAUGCACAAUGAGAUCUGUCUCCUACUGAGCAGAGGCAUUCCCACAGCCGCAUCCAGACACUGCAAAAUGGUAAGGAGACGAGGGCUGUGAAUUUAUGCACGAGUGAAUCAGCAGAACCCCAUCCCUUACGUCAGUAAGAAUCGAUCCAGUUCAUUCAAGUUAGUGAUGUAGCGCUCUGUAAGCCUGCCCUCAUGUCAGCCUGGAGUGUAUCACUGUACCACACUUCACGACUCUUAAUGAAAUGGUUUUUAUUUUUACUUUUUUUUUUUCUUUUUUUUUUGCAGGAGUGAGGAGUAGUUGCUGCUGUAUAAUAAAUCUGUAUAUGAUGGAUUUUGAUGGGAGAGGGCUGUUUUGAGUAUAGGUGCUUCCUGACUCUGGGCUCCAUGUUGCCGCAAAGGUGCCUGGAAGCAAAAGUACAGUCGGUGGUUCAUUUCAGGGUUUUGUAGGCAGUUUUUAGAUUUGACUCUUACGAUCUUAUGCAUCUUAUGGCAAACAAUCGGAUCUGAAUAGAGCGCAAGUUUAAGCUUAGAGGGGAAAUAGAUCUUUUAUUGUUGUCAUUGUUAUGUAUUUUAAUUUUAUUACAUUACUAUUAUAACAACCAGAGAUGUACAAAAGGUGCCAUUUUUUUAAUUUUUAGAAUUUUAUUUUUUAUUAAAGGAUAGAAUGAACUAACCUGAAUAUCCCUUCUGUAUGUUCACAGGUAGUGUAUUUUAUUAAAGUUUAAAGUAAGGCUGGUCUGACCUCUGCAGAGUCCAGUUCUGUGUAUGGAAUCCUGCAGUCUAAGAGAGUGUGGCGUGUAGCUCACAGCAGUCAUGCAGAGUGCAGUAGCCAGCAGGUUCCUACCUCCGUCCAUCCUGCUGGGACUUACCUCUGGGGGGGGGGGGGACCACACUGGUGCCAGAAUUCUGGGACCUUGGCUAGGUGUGCAUGGGGUGUCACACAGAAACUCUAAGUACAGGUGUUAUCAUCUUGACGUAAGGACGAAUGCAAGAAGCUUUUUUUUUUUCCCUCCUUUCUUGAAAGAGUUGGACUGAUCGAUCCCCAGCAGUUUGCUAAAAUGGUAUUAGCUGCAAUUCAUGCCCCAGAAGAUUUUUUUUUUUGCUUCGGACCACUUUCGUAAUCAUGCCUGAGGGAGCUGUUAGGACAAAACCAUGCAAGCUACUGUCAGUCAGUUUUGUUUAAUUUUCCAUGGGUUGGUUAAACUUUAGCCAAUUAAAUACGUGGGUGAUGAACUUGUAAGGCAAGGUUUUUCAAUUUAUUUUCGUCAUUUUAUGUUUUCUGUCAUUACAAGAAUUUAAAAUGACAAUAUGCAUCUCGAUUACACUCACUAAACUUCAAUUCAGUUCAACCUAAGAGUUUAGCCACUCGCAUGGUGAAUAUUAAGCAUACUUAGCGUAGCAGGUUUACAGUUGAAUGCGAAUCUAAACAAUUGACCACAUCAUGUUCAGUGAUCAUAUUGUCAUUUUCUGUAAGAAUUAUACAUUUAUAAAGCUUUAAUAUCAUCCUCUGUCCAGCAUUUUUUCUUUCAAAAGCAUGGGCACAUUUUGGACAUCUCAAUUUGUUUAGAAAGAAAUUAAAACAAUGCUCAGUUGCGUUUCACCUCUUGGAUGGUGUUAAUGCUUUAUGGAUAAUAGAGAAAGUGUCUGACAGCUAAUAAAACUUUGUGGAAACAUGCACUGAUGUAACCCAACAGAACUGUCUGCUGUUUUAACAGCAUUUGACGCCUUUGUUCAUGUCCAUAUGCGGUUUGCACGUUAGCUGUACAUGUGUGCAAACUUACAUGCCAGCCCGCACCGCAUUUGCGCGCUGCUCCAGCGAUACUGUAUGGCGUUCCCACUGUGUUACUAUGGGGGCAAAAGUGUUGGUGGUUGGUGAUGGGGGAUGAUUACCUGACUAAAAGCGCGGACAUUUUGGGCUUUUGAUCGGGUUGCAGUUUUGACUCAUUUUGUCUGUAAACCAUUUCAGCUUGUUUUUGUAAAUCUUUGUACUUGUCAGCCUCAACUGCUAAGAAGACACAAGCAAUCCUGUCACUUUGUAAAACUCAUCUGAUUUUAUUUUAUUCAGGGGAACAAUUUAAGUUACUACUACUAAACCUGAGUAAGGAGAGAGGGAAAAAAGAAGUCUAACUACUACCUGGUAAUUUAAUCACUGAUAAAGUAUAAUUAGAAACUAUAUUGAUAUUAAGAAAACCAAGAAACUGUAAAAGCAAUAUGUUAUUUUAGUCAAAGAAUAUGAACAAAAAUGGAAAAAGUAGUUUUUUAAAAACGACAAACAUGGGAAAAUUUAUGUCGCCUCCUUAUUUUGUACUGCAUUUUAGAAAAUGUCUAAAGAAAAAAUCUUAACGUACAAAAUUGUCUGUGUUUAAUUUUGUGUGCUCUUACUUGUGAGGUGUGUUUUGUUUUUACCACCAGUGUAUAUGCAAAAAACCUUGACCUAACACCACUUAUGUGAGAUCUACAUAAGCUGCUCCCCUGUGUGUUCGUGUGGGUUUGCAACUGAAUGGAAGACACUCUGAAUCGCCCUUUACUCUUUACUUGUAUAUGUGUGUGCCCUGUGAAGGACUCUGCUACAUACUGAUCAGCAUGUGCUCUGUUUCAUGCCCUAUGCAUCCUAAGAUAGACUCCAAAUUCACUUCAGCCCUGCCUGGAUAAGUUAUAUAAGACAGUCGGAUGUCAUUUAGUCCUAAAGAUGAAAUAAGGUGAGAAAAGUUCAGUUUUGUACCCUUGAGUGAUGAUAGAAAUGAAACUUUAGUAGCUGAUAUCCGGUCCAUCAUCUGAUGGCAGUUGUAAAGAAAGAAAAACUUCUUAUGUAAGAUUUCACUCCAAAUGGCUAGAGACUGGAAAUCGCUGCUCAUACCUGACAUCUUUUCAAGGCUGUCAGUUUGCAUGUCAUGUCAUAGUUGGCAGUAGGAACAAACCUCUCUAGCCCUAAAAUGGAAAACAAUUUAUCCCCCAUUGGUGCAAUUAGUGCCAUUGCUAAAAAUUUAAAAACCAGAGAGUCAAUUACUAUAAUCUACAAGUGCCUUCCAUCUGCAUUAAACUGUUCUGUGUACACCA